UGUCCCCUCAUCUACCCCGCCUCUCCCCUCAUCUACCCCGCCUCUCCCCUCAUCUACCCCGCCUCUCCCCUCGUCUCCCCACCCUUACGGUUCCGUCAUGAUGUCUGUGAUGCCCCCCUCUGUCCACCUGCAGGUGCACCUUGAUGCCAACCGUCCAACCAAGGACGUGGAAUUUAACGAAUUGGGCAAUCUGAACGAGGCGGUGGAACCCUUCGCUCAAUUGAUCAAGAAAAGCGGGCACUCCGUCAGGUUGCAUUGCACCAUCCCCACCGGCUUCCACUCCUCUCCUACCUGUGCCGACCUUCACGACCUUCACGACCUACGCACUCGCUCGCUGAUGUUCGUGCACAACCUCGUGGAGUCCCUCCGCGCCUCCGGGAUCCCUGCUUCUUAUCGGCUCCAGCCGGCGAACUGCUCGAUGUGCCUCAUCUGUGCGCUCCCUUCUGGCCUAGAUGCUUCCAAGGUUAGGGCCGCUGCCUUCGCUGCUGUGCAGAACGCGAAGCUCGAUCUAAAGGAGAAAGCCCUGCUCGCUGACCUUUCAGACGGCUACGCUCUCGUCCUUACGUGAAUUCGAUUUCCUCGUUUUGUGUCGUCGCAACUAUCAUGGUCCUCUCUAUAAUCCUGCAUAUCGACAUGUAUCUAUAACCACGGCUCCUCUGGAUUUCUCGAUCAUCUUCAUGGUUUCCAUUUCGGUCACGUUCUUCUGGAUAUAGAUAUCUAGGUUACGCAGUCUUGCGAACCUGGAACCUUCCUCCUGAAUGCCGCUUGUGCCUCGCGCGUCCAGCGCAUCAUGGUACACCGCGUGAUGCGCCGUCUUCCAUGCAUGUCUGCUCAGCUGCGUAGCCUGGACUCGCGUCCGAUUGCCUUCCGUUUGGUCCGAUGCUCGAGAGUUGUGUCGUUUGCCGUCAUGGAACUGACGAGCCAUGUGUCAUGCAAAUGAAGGUCUAGUUCCAUUCACUGCUAGCAGCCAUAUAGGAGU